AUGGAUCCUAAUAUUUUUAGUCAAUCUUUCCAAUCAAGAACACGUAAUGAUAGGGUUGAAAAGAUAUCUCGCUAUAAUCGAAGAUUUACUAACAAAUUAGAAAAACUGACGGAGCAAGCGCAACCACGCAAGGUAACACAUAAAAGACAUCCGACAAGUUCUAAUGAUGAUGAGGAUGAGGAGGAUGAUAAUUAUGUUGUUGAUGACGACGACGAUAAUGAUAAGCAGCAAUCUUACCAAUCUAGAACACGUAAUGAUAGGGUUGAAAAAAUAUCUCGCUUUAAUCGAAGAUUUACCAACAAAUUUGAAAAACUCGCGGAGCAAGCGCAGCCACGCAAGGUAACACACAAAAGACAUCCGACAAGCUCUAAUGAUGAUGAUGAUGAGGAUGAUAAUUUUGUUGUUGAUGACGACGACGAUAAUGAUAAGCAGCAAUCUUUCCAAUCAAGAACACGUAAUGAUAGGGUUGAAAAGAUAUCUCGCUAUAAUCGAAGAUUUACUAACAAAUUAGAAAAACUGACGGAGCAAGCGCAACCACGCAAGGCAACACAUAAAAGACAUCCGACAAGUUCUUAUGAUGAUGAGGAUGAUGAUGAGGAUGAUAAUUAUGUUGUUGUUGGUGACGACGACGAUAAUGAUAAGCAGGGUUUUGAGUACAUGGCCUUAGCGGACGAAACAGAAAUGAUUAAUGAAACAGAAAUGAUAAAUGAUAUAUUCAAAGAUAGCUCAGAAGAAACG